AUAAAUGUUGAUAAGAUUUCUUGGCUUGAAUUAGAGGACAUGCUUGAGAUAUUAGGGCAUAAUAUUGAAGAUGUGGAUUGUUUUUGGUUAAAGCCAGGUUUGAAACUUAUUGAUGGUCUUAUCAAAAUGAUCGAUGAUAAAACAGUAAUGGAUAUGGUUGCACACUUACCUUCUAAUCAUUAUGUACAUGUUUAUGUGGAGGUGAAGUCAAAUCAUGAUUGGGAUAGAAAUGAAGAGAACAAUGUUGACAAUGCUAGUGAUGAUGUUAACAAUAAAAAUAGUGACAAUAGUGAUAAUGAAGAUCCAGAUUAUGAAGAAUCUAGAUUUGAGGAGAGUGAUAAUGAAUUGGAGGAUUACGAAGACUUUUUUGAAGAUGAGGUGGAUCUAGGGCUUGAUGGUGGUGCUACAAUUUUGAUUGGAGGUUAUCCUACUAGUAAUAUUCUAGAAAAUGAAGGACCUAAUAGUGAUAACUCACAUGAACUACAUAGCCCGUACGAGUCUGACAAUGAUGGCACUUCUAAGAGAAGGUAUCCAGAGUUCAAUGAGAGUGUUGACAUGGAGAAACCAAAGUUGGUUGUAGGAAUGCUAUUCAAAGAUAGGGAAUUAUUGAAACAAGCUAUUAAACAAGAACCUGAAUUGAAGCCUUGUAAUGAGCCUGAAUUGAAGCCUUGUAAUGAGCCUGAAUUGAAGCCUUGUAAUGAGCCUGAAUUGAAGCCUUUGACAGAAGGCGGCUGGGCUGCUGCUGCUGAAGGUGAAAGGGAUGUGAAUUUGCAACAGGUGAUUGAGAAACCUGCUGAGGAGGUGAAAACAAUUAUGGAGACAAUUGACAAAGUGGAUGAGUUGAAUGAAAAAGUGAAAAGGAAAAAGGAGGUUGAGGAGAAAUUACAAAUUUUGAAUUCAAAGAAACAUAAUCUGGUUCAAAUACUGAAGCAGAUCUUGAAUGUGGAGGAGGAAUUGAAGAGGCGAAAUAGCAUGCAGGGUAUGGCAAUGCGAGCAGCUGUUCCACUUCAAGUUGAAGUCCCAAAUGACUCUGGCUCAAUGUCCAGGCAAGUCACUCCAAGAGUGGGCUCAGAGGCAAAUCUUGUUGGUGAGAAUGGAGGAGGUGAUGCUGAUGAUUUUUCAAACCAUAAUGUUCAAUCUCACCAUAUGUUUCGAAUGAGCAGUACUUCUCCUUCUCCAUCUUCAGAGUCUCCUCUCAGAAGGCUUCCCUAUAUUCAAUACAAUGUGCUUCCACACCCUGCUCGAGCAAGUAUGGCAGUCACUGGUAGUCCAUCACGCUUCGCUCCAGCAAUCAAUCAGGGUCCUGGAAAUCUUCCCACAGUAUCCGUAUCAGGAGCAAGUUACAUAGCAUCCUCUCCUUCCCCUGCUGCAUCUGGAGGCACUUCAGUUUUCAGAGAAGCUCGGCAGCCGAGUCCAUGGAAUUAGUGCCUAUAAACCAUUUAUAUCCACCUCAUUUGAUAUGAGGCUUCAAUAUAUGAUCCACCGCCAUUCUCAGAUUAGCAAUGUUAUUGCAACAUUACGCAGAUAGCCAGUUGAAAGCUGUGUCCUUGUACAUAUUUGCUUGUUGGAUCAAAGAUAAUAGAUUAGUAGUUUGUGUCUUCAUUUCUACCACGGAUGAUCUGAGUGUGCAUGUAAUGAUCUAUUGCAUGCCUCCAAUCUUGUAGAUUUUAGAUCUGCAACCUUUACCCUCAAUUGCUUGUUAAAACUGAUCAUUCUAUUAUCAUUUUGUACUCGUAUGUUAUUUUAGAUUCACAUGGAUGUUUGGAGAUUAAUUAUUAUCUUCAAUUAACACCAUUCUUAUCCUUUCUAGACUGUAGUACAUGAUAUAGGCAGAGCUCUUUGCCGGCUAAAAUGAGGAGUGGGGGAAGUUCAUAUGUUGUCUUUAACAAAUGCAUCUUCUCUUC